CUACAGGUUUUGGUACAGCCUCACACAGGUUUCAACCAUUUUCCUGAGAAAAAGGUUUAGUUCAUUAACAAACAUUCUUGGGCAGAAAAUAUAUACAUCGCUAAAUUUUCUAAAUAUAGUGUGAUCUAUGAACAAUCUACAAAUAAACGUUUAGCAUUUUUUUUAAAAGCAAGAGAAUAACUAGCAGAAUAAUUUAACAAUGAAAUGGUGAGCACCCCAUAAUGGUUUCGCUGAUGAAGGAGGGGAGCAGAUUAUAGUUUCCUUGGCAGCCACAUAAACAGGAAUCCGAGGAAGGACUGGAAGCAGUACCUGCAGAUAAUACUGGCAUUUCACGAUUUAUUAGUUUAAGAAAGGUGGGUGAAUACCUUAUAUACAUGCUAUUAACGUUACAGUAAUGCCAUAACCAGUUUACCGAAUCAGCCAUCCAGUUUGCUACGUUGAUUUCCUAAACGCACUUCCCAGGGACCAGCCCUGUUGCCAUGGCGAAAGAUCCGCUCGCGGAGGCUUGUCUUCAUUUUGAUGAGCUCAACAAGCUGCGCGUGCUCGAGCCCGAGGUGGCCCAGAAGACCACUGAGCUGAAGGAGGAAUGCAAAGAGUUUGUGGACAAAAUCGGGCAGUUCCAGAAGAUUGUGGGCGACCUCAUUGACCUGGUGGAUGAGCUGGCGAAGGAGGCGGAGACCGAGAAAAUGAAGGCUAUAGGAGCGCGGAACCUGCUGAAAUCCGUGGCAAAGCAGAGGGAGAGCCAGCAGCAGCAGCUCCAGGCUCUGAUCACUGAGAAGAAGAUGCAGCUGGAGAGGUACAGGAUCGAGUACGACGCGCUGUCCAAGGUGGAGGCGGAGCAGAGCGAGUUCAUCGAUCAGUUCAUUCUGCAGAAGUGAUGAGGCGCUGUGCAGGGAGGCGGGACCUGCUUGCACAGGGGCGGAGCCUGUGGCACCUUUGGAGGUGGGCAGGGUACCGUGGGAACCACUCA